UCUCUUGGUUUCAUAUGGCCCAACAAGUCUUCAAAGCCCAUAUACAGAAAAAGUUAGUCAUAAAUUUCACUCUACUAUAGAACCCUAAUUCAGAGUCUCUGUCCAGCUGCUCCGAUCUGACCUCCAAAACCUAGCUUCCAACCAACAACAUGUCGAAGAGAAAGGUUAGAGAGCCUAAGGAGGAUAACGUGACUCUUGGUCCUGCUGUUAGAGAUGGAGAGCAUGUUUUUGGCGUGGCACGCAUUUUUGCAUCAUUCAAUGAUACCUUCAUUCAUGUGACUGAUUUGUCUGGGAGAGAAACACUUGUCCGCAUUACCGGUGGAAUGAAGGUCAAGGCUGACAGAGAUGAGUCAUCUCCAUAUGCUGCUAUGCUUGCUGCUCAAGAUGUUGCUACCAGAUGCAAGGAGUUGGGCAUAACAGCUCUUCAUAUCAGGCUCCGCGCAACUGGCGGAAACAAGACCAAAACACCUGGUCCAGGUGCUCAAGCUGCUCUCCGUGCUUUGGCUCGGUCUGGAAUGAAAAUCGGUCGCAUAGAGGAUGUGACCCCAAUUCCUUCAGAUAGCACUCGUAGAAAGAGUGGUAGAAGGGGUAGGAGGCUCUGAGUUUGCUACUGGAGUUUGCUACUGGAGUAUGGCUGGAGCUACUUUUUUUGUCACUGUUUUGUUUCUUUUUCCGGGCUGUAUUAUGACAUGUUGAAAUUGAAAUCUAGUCGAAGUUGGAUUUUGCAACUUUUUUGAACGACUUUUGUGUUAGCCAACUCCCAACUCUUGAAUUCAUCUAGAUAUUAUUAUAGUCAGACAAUUACUCGUGUUGCUUCGAGAUUUCCUAUAAAUCUUCAUUCGUCUUGCCAUUAAA